AUGGGCAAGGUGCAUAUUCUUGUUCAGAAAAUCAGGCAGGAGGCUCACCAUCAGAUCGUCAGGUUUCCAGAGGACGAGUUGCACAAGCUGAGAGGCGUGGACGCCACGCUGUACGUUCGUUUCCUCCGUGGAUGCUUCUAUUUUGCGCUGCUCCACACAUUCACGACGUUCCCCAUCUUGUUCCCCAUCCAUGUCAAAUUCUCCGACGACGAAAUCCCCUCCAAAUCAAUGACAAGAGCCUCUAUAUCUUCGCUUGUGACGACAGAUAAAGGCCUUUCCGUCCUCUGGAUCCACAUGUGCCUAUUAUUCUGGGUGACCCUCUCCUGGAUGGCUACCCUGAUAUGGGUAUGCGACGGUGCCUUCCGCCUACGUGCAAAGACUACACAGAAACUGGCAGCGAAACGGAAAACGUUCCUCCAGAACCCCGAGUCUGUCGACACAGGCAUUUACCAACACCCUCAUCCGCAAUACGCCUUCCAAGACAUCCCGACACACGACCGCAAUCACCCCAACUUUGGGCUACGCCUUCGAACAGUCAUGGUUUCCAAUGUCCCCAGCCAACUACGCGAUGAAAAGGUCCUCAAAGAGUACUUUGAAUACUAUCUUUCUCGCAAGAUCGAAAAGCCCAGCAUGGGCCUCACAUCCUCUGUACAACCCGGAUUCAUCAACAAGUCGGUUGCUUUCCUUUUCAACAAGGCCAAAAGGAUUCCUGCGCAUCUACCGGAGGUUCUCUUGCCUGGAAAGAGCGAGGAUGAAUCGGGAGAUGAAACGAAGCGCUCCAGUUCACGAAGCAGCAUGCAGCCUCCUGUUAUCGAGCGGGUGGUUGUCGCGCGCAAGAUGACAGAAUUGGCAUCACUCCUGGAACGCAGGGAAGAGAUCCUGCGACUUCUGGAGACGGCUCAUAUCAAACUCGCUACAAAAGCUCUCGCGGCUGCCAAAGAAGCUAUGACCAGGAAGGAUGGCAAGAAGCCUGUCCAAAUCGCGUCAUCAAAGGCCGCCGAAGCGGCGAGGAAGCGGAGGUCGGAGCAUGUGCCAGAUUUGGAACGCGGAGAGGGCGGGGUGGCGUGUUUGAACGACGAAGAGCAGCUCGAUAAGCUCGUUGAGACACUUGGGCCAUUCGUCCGUGAGCUCGAGUCUGAGCUUCCGCGUGGUACGCUCAGAAAGCCUAAGCGGAGAAUGUCGAAGCAGAGUUUCCAGCGGUUGACCCAGCAAUCGCCGACUUCAAGCGCGAACAGCUCAGAUACGGAGGAACACACCAAGUACCCACCCGAUAAGAAACGGCGGAGGAAGUCGACGAGGGGACAUCCGACAGUGUGGGACGCACUCCUCAGUCUUCCCCGUGACAUUCUCGACCCCUACCAACCCCUGGUUAGCCUCAAUCAACUGUUCCGUGGCAAGCCCGUCCCAGCGAUAGACUACUACACCGCCAAACUCAACCUCCUAACCUCGCUCAUUACGGAGAACAGAUCCAAGUCUAUCUCGGAUUUUGACCCAGUUUCUACGGCGUUUGUGACGUUUGCGGAUCCGGCUGAUGCGAGAAAAGCGUGCAAGUAUUUGGCUGUCCAUCCCAACAAUCCUUUGGCAUGUUUGGUUACCAUGGCUCCUGAGUAUCAGGACUUGGAUUGGAACAGAGUCAUGAAAUCUUCGUUCCAUGGCGAGUUUCUGAAGGAUUGGAUUGUGAACGCCGGUGUUUGGGGAUUCACUCUCUUCUGGCUCUUCCCAGUAUCCCUCCUGGUCGGUUUAGUCUCCAUUCAAAACAUCAGUUUGUUCUGGCCAAGUCUGAAAACCUACCUUGAACGCCAUCCAUGGCAAUCCGAAGUCAUCCAAUCCUUCAUCCCUACUAUCCUGGUCGCCCUACUCGCCAUCCUCAUUCCUCUUAUCCUCCUCCUCAUUGCCAAGAAAGCCCAUACAAUCACGACCCUCAGUGCCCUUCACGACCUCAUCAUGACCCGCUAUUACAAGUUCCUCAUCGUUAACGUUUUGGUUUUCUUCUGCGUUGGGACUGCCGCCAUGCAGUCUAUCCUGCAGUCGUUUAAGAAUAUCGCGGGGCCUUUCUAUGUUGGCUGGUUGAUUUUCACGACGGCUAUGCACGGAGGGUUUGAACUGGUCCUUCUGGGACUCCCCCUCCUCACGUACCCUGCCACUUCACGACAAGUUACGCCGCGUAAACGCGCGGUCGGGAUCCGACCAAGAACGCUCAACUAUUAUUAUUGGUUACCUAAUCAUCUACUCGUGCUACAUAUUCUCUUGCUUUUCUGCCUCUUGAAUCCGUUCGUGCUGCCGUUUGGUGCCCUAUAUUUCUUUAUUCAAUCGGGCGUCAUCAAGAAUCAGUUGAUUCAUGUCUAUGCUAAGCAUUACGAGGGCAAUGGCAAGGUAUUGCUCAUCCGGAUGGUCAGAUACUCCUUGGAUGGCCUAGUCCUCAGCCUGGUUGUGAUGCUCGCGUAUAUGGUAGUCCUGCAGAAGAAGGCCAACGUCGGGGUGUGCGCGUUCCUCAUAGUGUUCACAGUGCUCUUCAAGCUGCUGUUAACCCGCAUGUGUCGAGCGCAGUUUGAACUCGAUGACAUUGCUGAAGCAGAAGCACUCUGUGGGCAAAUCUCGUUAGAAGACGACCCCGAAAUUAAUCCUGACGAUCCGGAGAACCUCAGCCAUCAAGAAAGGAAGAACCUGAUUGAAACCGGAAGCUCGAAACCUUCCGUUUUGACCUUGAAGCUCCCCCGUUGGAUGAACUUCUCUUAUAACACCCUCCGCCAGCAACCCCGCCAUAAAUAUCGACGGAAACCAAUUCCGUUUGAUUCUCCACCCUCUCCCGGGGAGAAUCAGAGGACGUUCCGCCGUGAACGUCCUUCGGAAGCAUCCCCUGCAUCUGUCCUCGACUCCGAUGCGAAGUUGCCUCGGGAUGGAUUCCCCUGGCAGGCUGAACCAUCGUUCCAAUCAAGCAACCCUGCUAUAAGGCUCAUCACUUCUGCUAACUCCGACACGGGCCCCGUCGUGCCCCACCCUCCAAGGUUGACAUGGGAUGAUCAGGACACGAUUGACUUGCCGUACGACAACCCAUACUAUACCCGGCCGAUCAACAAUGUUCUUUGGCUCCCAAGAAACCCUCUCGGAGCAUUGAAUCUCGACGACACCGUUGAUCUGAAGAUAUCUUUGACAGUCGAGUUAUCAGCGGGUCAAUUGGGGAGUUGGCUUGGGUUGGUCCAGCGUUCGUCGCCAGGUGAACUGUCGCAGUCAGAUCGAGAUGCCACUUCGUCUCAUAUAAACGCGGUCUCGCCACCCAUGUCUCUCAAGUCGCUGCCCGCUGUCGACGGCACGGAAGACAUCGAACUACCUCCGAGAAUCAUGAGACGGGUCAAGUCAGGCGAGAAUGGAAUUGAGCCUGCUCUGCGACCUCGACGGUCGACUAUCUCACGUAAUGGUCGACGGAGAGCCAAUACGACAAGUGAAGGCGGACCUCGCCCUCCCUUGGCCUCUGGAUCGCUGGCAAGACGCCGAACAAGCAUGCUAGAGGUUCCACCUGUGUCUCAUAUGCCACCCGCAUCCGAUGCUGGUUCCGGUCCGUCAAGGAUGGGUCGGGGGAGGUCGUCAUCUAUUCUAUCCGCGCUCCAACUUGCCGCUCCGUCCAGCCUCAACCGCGUCUCAUCCAAUGAGCAAGAGUUCGGCGUUCGACCUGACGCUCACGCUCAAGCAGAGCUGGUCCUCUCUGUCGCCAACAACUCAGCCUUAUCAUUACCGAAGACUCCGACACAGAAACCGCAGAAUCUCUCUGCCCAGGAAGCCAUCUUCCACGAGAUCCUAGCGGAAGAAGAGCAAGCUCUGAUCACCCGACUCGAAGACGAAGAAGCCGAAAGCCUCAAGUCCAAAUCUUCAAAAUCAUGGCUUACUUCAUGGAUGUUCAAGCGAGGCGACUAAAUUCCGCCUCCCCCACUUUACUCUCAAUGUUCGUGCUUCCAUUUGCGCUUUGUUAUACCCGUGAAACCUUAGAACACCGGUAAUUGGAAUCCUGCACUACUUAUUGUAUCAUUAUACUGCAUUCACCACCUAUCUCAUGACCUUCACGACUGUCCCAUCAGCCUUGGAAGAAUUACGAUGUACCAUUAUUGCAAUUUAUCCGAAUCCGAGCUUUUUCCCUUUUGCGCCAUC